UCCCAAGUUCAGUAAAAUCUCUGCAGCAGCCUCCUUUACCAGGACAGGACACCCAGAGGGAGGAAGAGAGGAAAAUCGUACAAGAUGGUUCAGCGUCUUACAUACCGCAAGCGCCAUAGCUAUGCUACCAAGUCUAACCAGCACCGUGUCGUCAAAACCCCAGGCGGGAAGCUUGUGUACCAGACCACCAAGAAAAGAGCUAGUGGACCGAAAUGCCCGGUCACCGGCAAAAGGAUUCAGGGAAUUCCUCACUUGAGGCCAGCUGAGUAUAAGAGGUCUAGACUAGCUAGGAACAGGAGGACUGUGAAUCGUGCAUAUGGUGGCGUUUUAUCCGGCGGUGCCGUCAGAGAGAGGAUCAUUCGUGCCUUUUUGGUGGAAGAGCAAAAGAUUGUGAAGAAGGUAUUGAAGAUCCAGAAGGCGAAGGAAAAGCUUGCAUCAAAGAGCUAAAUUAGUUGUGUUGGUGGUUUAGAAAAUUGAAGAAAUUUUGAGUUUCUGUGAACUUGAUGCUGAAGUUUAUCGAUUAUUAUUUAAAGUUGGUUUUGGGAGGGAACCAGAUUUUAGCUCCGGAGUUGAGUUCUUCUAUGAUAUGUUUGCAUUUUAUAGUAGUUCUUAUAAUAGCAUUUCUUCAACCAAGUUCUUAUAAUCCCAGGGUGUUUGGUUUA